CUCUAAUGAUGCUCUUAUAAUGACAGAGGAGUUUGACAGCAAAGCAGCUGCGCUCAUUUGACAGCAUGGACUAAACCUGAUGCGCGUGAACGGCAACUCCAUCGAGUGCAGGCGAUGUUACAUUUCUAUAAUGCCUUUUAUGUCCUUUUUUUUUUUAGCUAAGUGACUAAAAUCAAGACAGUGUGUAAUAUGAAACUAUUUCCUUUAGAAUUGAACCAAUGCAGAACGGUUCACCCUGGAGUCUCGAUAUCACCCUGAAGCUGGAAGAUGCGCGCGGACUAUUCCAGAUAGAUCAAUGAUAUGAACUUACAUUAUGCCUUCACUACAUCAUGGCGCUAUUUUUAUUGGAGUAUUUUUAAUAGUCACCGGUGGCUCCACCGCUUUUCUAACUUCUAAUCAAAGUCGACUGCAGGCGUUCAGCAUGUGCUGUGUGGUGCUCGGGGCGGUGAUGCUCAUUUUAGGACUUUUCUGGGCUAUGAACGGCAAGAGAACCCCGGUGCCUUAUAAUGAAGAGUACAGCCACGACUACAGUCAAGUCAUGUUCACCCCACCGGCCGGGAACCACAUCCCCGAAUCCCAGUCCGUCUUUCUGCACGGGACUGUGCAAAGGCGAUGUGUAUAUGGUGAUGAUUUGGACUAUCCCCCCAUGGAGCCAGCCUGCUUCAGCCCUACCAGUCGGGGUCGGCCUCCUCACUGGGACAUGGAACCUCCUCCGCCUUAUGAGGUGGCCAUCAAAACCACUAGGAGCUCCACACACCUGAGGCGCAGCUACUCGGACACACAGCUGCUCACUGAACCUCUGUUUGGACGCUCACGGGAGAUCAGUUUCGAAGUGUGAUAUCUGUUCAUCCCUUGAGACCCGAACUGAGGAGCUGAACCACCCUAAAAUAUUCACAAACAAGUGUUGAUGAAGCUACGAAACAGGCAUUAACAAUCCACAGCUCGCAGAGGGGGUGUUUUGGGCCUCUUGAGAUGGUUUUCGUCUUAACCAUUAACAGCCUUUUCUCAA